GGUACCUACAAUAACCUUCAAUUUCCAAACAAUGAAACUGCCUUUGAAUUGUCAAAAUAUUUGUGUUAUUUUAAACACAACCCAUUAAUCGUAUCUUAAACUUUUACUAACAAUUGUGACAAUUUUCUUUUGAUGUGUCUUGCCUUAACGAUUCUUGUUUGUUUAUAAGUAGCUAGUGAAAUAUGACUGGUUACAGUUGUCAAUAAACAACCGGAUUUAUCUCUUAUAAGUAUUGGCACAAUAUUUAUUUAAAUCUGAGUUAUGACACCAGUCAUUGGCAUUGAUUUGAUCAGUUAACGAACUUUGGUGCCUUUGACAAUGAGAAAAGUUGGUUGAAUUCUCAUUAAUAUGAAUGAGCCCAGUGAUAAAGUGAGAAGAAGUGAUUAUGACAGGUUUGAUGAACAAGUUGACCCUCGCGUACAGGUAGAAUUAGAAAGACUCAACACUGCCACUGAUGAUAUAAACAAACUCGAAGUUGAUUUAAAUGAAGCUCGGACUGAAUUUCGACAAAAAUUAUGGGAAUCAACCGUGCAUUUGGAAGCCAUUUCAAAAAAAUUGGGAUCAUGCAUUGAAAAAGCUAGACCCUAUUAUGAAGCCAGGAUCAAGGCUAAAGAGGCACUGCUCGAAACUCAAAAAGCUGCCUCAAAGUUUGAACGAGCAAAUUCUGCCCAUGCUGCUGCAAAGGAAAUGGUUUAUCUGGCUGAAGAAGGGUUAACUGCUGAAGGGAGAACUUUUGAUCAUGCAUGGCAAGAAAUGUUAAAUCAUGCGACUAUGAGGGUGAACGAAUCAGAACUAGACAGGACCCUGAGUGAAGCUGAUCAUAAAAGGACGUCAGCAGCUUAUCACGCUGCCGAAAUGAAGGUGCAAAAAUUGCAGAAAGAACUGAAAAGAUCCAUCAGUAAAUCUAGAUCAUAUUUUGAAAGUAAAGCACAGUUUAACAAGUUAUUGGAAGAACAGAAACUUAAAGUGAAGGUUCUUGAGAAAAAGGUGAGUGGAGCGAAAUUGAGUUACUCACAAGCACUUCGAAACUUGGAAGAAAUUUCAGAUGAAAUACACAAGAGUCGUAAGUGCCGCUAUUCAGGAAUGGACCCAUUGGGCAUAUCUAACCUUUCCCCCGAUGGCACUACAGGAAGCAGUUCUACAAACCAGGAUUCAGAAUCGAGCAUGUCUCCAGAAGAUGAAGAUGAAUAUUUGCAAUUGCCCAACUCCCUCGGGAUCAGUGCUUCACCAGUUGUUCCUUAUCUGACUGAAUACAGAAAAUUAGAAGAGACGGUUACUCCAGAACGAAGCCCAGUUCCAGAAGACGAAUGGACUGAAAUAUCUCUUUCACCAGAAGGAAAAGCACAUCCCCCACAACCACCACCGCCUCCACCUCCUCUUCCCGCCUUCCGAGCCGCUCAAUUGCCGAGAAGACAAUCAUUGGAUGUUAUUAUAUCAGGAGGUAUUGCCACAGGAGAGAGGGUCAAAGAAAUUUUAGAAAAGGGUAUUAUGAAACUAAACAUAUCAUCUUUAUCGAUGGAAAGGAGAGGGAGCGAACCGCGGUUGACUAGGAAAGCACCUUCGCCUCUCGAGAAAUCUGGGUAUCUUUCAGCCAAUGAUCAAGACUCAGAUACAGACAGCCUCACCAGUGUCGAAAUGCUGAGUGAUGAGCAAAUAUCGUCGCUUAUGCUAGACCAAGAAAUCCAGGAAGCCUACAAUGAUAUUUUUUCUCAACAAUCGAAACAAAAGUAA